AUGGACGACGCCGAGCGACGCAGCGCGAAGCGCUCUCGCUUUGACCAGACCGAGCCGGAACCUCGCCGGUCCCGCUUUGACCGCCGCUCUCGUUCUCCCCCGGCUCGCAAGCCCGAUUCUGCCCGUGACCGCGAACGUAGCCCUCUGUCUCGGUCGCGCGACACACCUUCCGGCUCAAAGUCCCCUUCUGUCGACCCCGCCGCAGCUGCCGCCGCUGCUGCUGCACGUAUCAAUGCUCAACUUCAGGCUCGCAAAGGCAUCCAGCACGUCGAUGUUCCCCCAGUCCGAUCGAGCUCCGUCUCAAGCAGUAAUGCUGCUUCCGGCCCCGGCACGAGCACUAUCAAUGGGGAGAUGUACAUCGCAGAUGGCGACUACAUCAAGGAUAUUGAAGUCAACGAUCUGCGCAACCGAUACCUCCUGACAAAGGGCUCGACCCAGAGAAUGAUCAAAGAAGAAACCGGUGCUGAUGUUACUACGCGUGGAAGCUACUACCCGGACAAGAACAUGGCGACCCCCUCGAACCCGCCGCUGUAUCUCCAUGUCACCAGCACGACAAAGGAAGGCUUGGAGAAAGCUGUGGCCAAAAUUGAGGAACUGAUGAAGCAGGAGCUUCCCCAGCUUGUCGAUGAACGCCGUUUCCGGCGUAGAGAUCAGGAGCAGGCGCCUGUGGAACGCGAUGAGUUUGGUCGACGUAAAUGGCCCGAGGAGAAAAUUCCGAUUGGUCUUGAGCCGGUUCCGGGGUUCAACCUCCGUGCUCAGGUCGUCGGCCACGGUGGCGCCUACGUCAAGCAUAUCCAGCAGGAAACCGGCUGUCGUGUGCAGAUCAAAGGCCGCGGCUCUGGCUACAUGGAGGCUUCUACGGGUCGGGAGAGCGAUGAGGACAUGUUUCUGCACGUUGCCCACAGGGGACCUGAUCCCAAAAUGGUAGAGAAAGCCAAGGAGCUCUGCGAGGAU